AUGGCCAACAGGACCAACACCUCCACCCCACACUACAGCUACGAAUAUUACCUGGACUACUUGGAUCCCAUUCCUGUGGACGAGAAGAAACUGAAAGCCCAUAAGCAUUCCAUUGUCAUUGCCUUUUGGGUGAGCCUGGUUGCCUUCGUGCUGCUCCUCUUCCUCAUCCUGCUCUACGUGUCCUGGUCAGGCUCCGUGCACGUGAGGAACAGCCGCCAGCAUCACCAAAUAGGCCCAUGGAAUCACAGCCUCAACCUCCCCUUCUGCCUCCGGAGGGCCUCCCAGGGGUCAGCGGAGGAGUCAGGAAGCAGAACUGGUGCCAACCAGCAGCAACUGCAGGACAGUCCCUCUACCACAACAGCCUCCACAGCGCCCUCAGGUCUCCUCUGGGAACAGACUCCGAGUGAGGGUUCCCAUGGCAUCAGCUGAUGUCGGGAGCCAGCCAGAGGUGGCGGCAAGCUUGGAGACAGAACUUCUCAACUGUAGAACUGACAUUAGUCAGCCGGUCCUGGCUGAGUGAGCUGGUGAUGUCAAACUAAGUUGGACAGCCGUGUCCUCUAAGGCCAUUUCCGUGCAGCAGAAACUGUGACCAGGUCGAAAGUGACUACAAGGAGGCCAUCAUACAUCUGUCAAAGGCUUGCCGAUGGCCCUCUGGCACAGAGAUGCCGUCCCAACAUCCGCCACUGAUUCUAUU